AUGGCGGUCGUCGCCCUUGCCGGCGAUAAGCCCCGCUCCGGUCCACGCGAGCUCUCCGUCGUCUCCCUCGCUCUAGGUAGAGCCGUAGUCCCGCCGUCCUCUUCGUCUUGCUCCGGCCGCGCCUGGGGCCGCUCCUCCCCUGCUCCUGCCUACUGCACGGUUGCUGCUCCGCAACACGCGCUCGCCCGCCCGAGUCCGUCGCUCCCCUCGCCCGCGGCCAUGCUCUGCCUCGCCCCGCUCACCCCGCUCCGGCGCCCGCCUACGCAGCCCCGCGCGCCCCGGCCAUCCCGCUCGCCCGUGCUUCGGCCGGUCCCCGCGCUUCCCCCUGCCGCUCGUGCUCACCCGACUCCACCGUUCUUCCCGCCUCACCCGAUGCUGCCUCGUCCCGGCAUCCCCUGCCGCUGCUGCCUGCGUGCGUCCAUCGCCGCUGAGCCCGCCCCGACUGUCGCCUGGCCGCGCGCCCGCCUCCGGCCGCUUGCGCGGCCGCCGCCCUACUGCGCCUGCCCGCAGCCGCUGCUGCUGACUGUGGCCGCCGGAGCCACCGACUCCUGA